UGUAGCUUGUCAUAUGACUUUAAUUUCCUCCUGAUCUCCGGUUGUUCAGUGCUGUUAUUUACAGUUUUCAUCCACUGCUUUGUUUUAUUUAACGAAACACAAUGUCUCAUUAUGCCUUUCUCGUUUUGCUCCUGGUUUUAGGAAGCGACACUUUGUAUGGUGACAACAUAAGUGGUACCCCAGAUCUGACAACCGCACCAACCCCUCAUGUGACCACCGGCAACACCGUUCCAACGGCAGCACCGACCGCUCGCUCUACCACUGGCACCACUGACCCAGCUCCAGUAACAACAGGUGCCACCACAGUGCCAACACCUGUGCCAGCAAAUGGCACUACAGCGGCACCCCCGCCUGCCCCAACCCCGGCCCCCACAAAUAGAACCACACCUGCCCCAACCCCCGCACCUACAAAUGGUACCACAGCGCCUCCACCUGCCCCAACCCCCGCACCUACAAAUGGUACCACACCUGCCCCAACCACCGCACCUACCAAUGGUACCACAGCGCCUCCACCACCUGCCCCAACCACCGCACCUACAAAUGGUACCACAGCGCCUCCACCACCUGCCCCAACCACCGCACCCACAAAUGGUACCACAGAGCCCCCAACCGCCACACCCACAAAUGGUACCACAGUGGCACCACCUGCCCCAACCACUGUUGCCCCCUCUCCCAUGCCCCCACCUUCUGUUGGGAACUACAGCAUUCUGAGCGCUGAGAACGGCAGUGCCUGCCUGAUGGCCACCAUGGGACUCCAGAUCGGCUACAAGGUUGGCGAGGUUUUUAAGAGCGUAAAUCUGGUCCCCGCCAACACUACAGCCUCAGGAAAGUGUGAAGUUAAUGGAAGCGAUGCCUCUCUGGUGCUGACGUUUGACAAAUCAUCCAUUUCAUUCUCUUUCAGAGAGGAAGGGGCGAAAUUCCGUCUACACGCAGUGAACGUCUUGCUCAGCCUGGGCACUACUGGCACCUUCAACGCAAGCAACGCUAACCUGUCCCUGUGGGAGGCCUCUGUGGGCAGCUCCUAUAUGUGCAGAAGAGAUCAGGCCUACAACAUCACCGACGUCCUCAUCCUGCACACCAGGGACCUGCGGGUGCAGCCCUAUAAGGUGCAAAAUAACAGCUACGCCACAGCUCAUGAUUGUGCAAUGGAUGACACCAGCAUCCUAAUCCCAAUAGUUGUGGGUGCUGCUCUGGCUGGCUUGAUUCUCAUUGUAAUGAUUGCUUAUGCGAUUGGUAGAAGAAAGACCUACGUCGGCUAUCAAACCCUUUAAAGUCAUCCUGGAUCGCUAAGGCAAUGAUUUCCAACCAUGUUAUUUGUCGUUUGUUUUGCUGUCUUUUUUUUCUUUUCUUUCUAUUUGUUCAGGAACAAGUGCAGGUUCUUUUUGUCGCCACCUUGUAGUAGAUGUGUGCUACUGCACGAGGUUUGUGUGUAUUCCUGGACUUCAGUAUUAUGUAAAGAUAGCGAUUGCAUCAGACGAAAGACGUCGGGACACGUCUUUCACAGUUGCUGUUUGUACUUACUAGGAAAGGGGGGGUUUGGUGGCUGUUUUAAUUCUGGUGGCUGUCGUUUUAUGGCCGUAAACUUUUCAAGCCCUUACAUUUCACCUGGAUUUGCAGGACAGUGUUAUAACUAUGCCCUGUAUCUGCACAGGGGAGCAGGACAUUAGCCCAUAUCAGAGUAGUGUAGAUGUGUGAGGAGCUAUGACUACAGUGUAUUCAGCAUCAGGGCUGACCAGUUGUGGAGUUGACCCUGAGCCUGCACUUGUUUCCUCCCGCAUGCAGUUUUUUUUUUUUUUUUUCACAUUCGUGUCAUUCUUCUAUCCAUGUAUAUGUUGGUCAGCCCUUGUCUGCCGGUUUGACUCAUGCCCCCCCAUACGCAACCAAACAGUCGCCGGGCAGUCACACAGGUGGUCAUACACACUCCGCAGGGAGGGGACGUGGGUUGCGAUAGUCAUUUGUAUUCAGGUGACUAAAACUCGCAGUAUGUAUAGAAUUCUGUUUGGCGUUGCCUUUGCUGAGAAUUUUCCCUUUUCACCAGCCUUUUUUAUGGUCCUCCUAGGCAAGGUCUUUUGAUUUUGACAGAGAGACAUUCCCACGUUCUACCGGAGCCUGCUUGCAUUUGGGGUGGCAUUAGACAAACCUGAAAACAAAGGUUAAUUUUUUUCCCCCAUUUCUUGACAUACUGUUCAUUUAUGGGUGUUGGGUUCAUAAAAAGGGAUCGCUCAUCGCAGCAGGCUACCAUCAAUUCGGUAAAAUGGCUUAUAUCCUCUGCUGAAAGCCAUUACUUACUUACCUCCUCUAACUGAGUUGUUCUGCUUUCUCAUGAACUGAGAACCCCUUUCUGUGACACUUUGGAUUUUCUCCAUUGUGAACGUCUGCAGCGUAAGGGCAGGUCAGAUGGUUCUUUAUGAUCUACAGAGAAACAGUGCAUGUUCUAAAGGUGGAGGGCUUAUUUUAUUGACUGAUUUUUUGUUUUACUGCAAGACUUAAUCGUAAAUUUUCCUGAAGUUGAUCUCCUAAAUUUCUGCCCUUUGAAUCUGUACUUCAAAAAAUGAUUGAGUGCAUGGAAAAAAAGAAAAGAAAAAAAAAAAGUCUGUGAUCAAGCAGUUCUGUCCAUUUGUGUUGCAUGAAUCAUUAGGCCGCAGUUGUCUGCAUUGGUGGAAUGUGAUGGUUGUUUAGCCUUCACAGAAGUUCUAUUGGUUUGUUUCAUAUUUGGAGCAUGGUCGCAGUCAUCGUGAUUUACGCAAGGCUGUAAAUGCCUUGCACAGUGCUGGCGCAGUCAGACUGUACCCCUCUGUGUUGCGGGUUUUGACUGCUUUAAUUGAAGAAUCGCUCAAAUAUUCCUCCUCCCUCUCGGUGUUGCUAAUGAAAGGUAUUAAACCAGUGGUCUCCAACCCUGGUCCUGGAAAGCUACUGGGUGUGCUGGUUGAGACCCAGGUAAGGUGAAUUAACUGCGUAAUCAACUGCUCUAAUUGAUUUAUUAAGUGCAGACAAACAACAAAAACCUGCAGACCCUAUAGCUCUCCAGGACCAGGGUUGGAGACCCCUGUAUUAAACUGUUUCACUCCUCCUGCCCAUUCAAGUUUUUCAUUCAAGAACAGAUGGUAGUGAACACAUCAGUGGGUUGCAGUUUUAGGUGUUUCACAAAUCCGUUCAAUGAUGUGUAAUGGUCUGCUUUUGAACUGGAAGUGUCUUCUCAUGAGAGCUGUGUACCUUGCUUUACAAAAUAAUAUUUUGUAAAUUUCUCUGCAGCGUGAUUGUGUUUUAAGAGAGUAAGAUGGUUCUUUAGUAUUUGACUUCACCUGAAAGGUUUUGCAGAAUUUCUCGUUUGGAAUAAAAUUUCAAAAGAAUGUAUUUUUCUGAAAAGGGAGUCCGCACCGUAGCAUAUAAUUAAAAUAAAAAUGGUAAACUGCUCACUUUUUGUUUACAUGUUCUGUCGGAACAAAUUUGACUUACCUGCAUACUAAGGCACAUGGCACUAAAUUGUGGGUUUCUGUUUUAAUAGAUGUUCCGAUCUUUUAAAAUUGACCGAGACGCAAUGCAAAACUGCAGAACCUUGGUGAUUUCCUAAGGGUUUGUGUUUAAAAUUGUAAGGACCAUUUUAUAUUUUUUAAGAGAUGAAAAUAAAAAUGUGCUUCUUGGUUCCUCUGAAA